AUGCAAUGUUCAAAAGAAACCAUAGUUCGUUUGUUCUACAACGCCUCUAGUUCUUUUCAACUUCUUUUCCUCUUCUUCUAUCUCACCUCCAUUUUCCUUUCUAAGUUGUUGUUCUUCAUUUCUUCCAUCCCAUUCCUCCCAAGAAACGACGAAGAAUACGAAUAUGCAACGUUUUCAGAGGAAGAAGAAGAAGUAAUAAGUACUGACGAACGACAAAUUUACGACGAGAGUCCAGAGAAAGACUAUUAUGAUCAUCAUGUUGCGGAUGACAUAUUGCAAACUAGUUCACCAAGUUCAUGUCAAAAUAGUGUUAUUUUCGAUGAUGAUGAUGAUGAGAUCGUUCACAACGACCCUCUUGAGGUAUCAGAAGAGGAGGAAGAAGAAGAAGAAGCGUCAAUUAUAAGCGUUGAUCAAAGUAGUGAUGAUUCGUCUUUUUAUAGCCUACCCGAAUCUAAUGAGCAUGAAGAACACUACGAUUCACAAUGUCUUAACGGCGAAGACAAAAAAGAGGAAGAGGAGAAGGAGGAGGACAAGAUAUCGAUGGCUCGUGGCUCAAAGUCUUUUAGAUAUGAAGUUAACUCGCCGGCUAUAACCACUCGGGCUAGGUCUACUUGCACUUCUUUUAGAUACGUUGGAGAUGAACCUUCUUUGCGUGUUACCAAGAAAAUCGCUUUUGUGCUUGAUGAUGACAAAAUUGAAGAGAGAUAUCGAGAAACCGGAAAGAAGUUAGAAUCGAAUAUAACACAAGUAGACAAGUUUCCAAAUCUAGCCCCAAUAAAUUCAAAAUUUGAGCUAGAAGAAAAGGAUAAAGAAGAAAUAUUUGGUGAUACAAAUACAGUUGGGUCAACUUCUAAGAGUUCAUCUGAAUGGAGAAGCUCCAUUAACUGCCGAGAUCCAAGUUAUGACCCGUUUUCAUCUUCUUCACGAAGAAGUUGCCCAAAAUGGGAGUCUUACACUGUCUUUCAGAAGUAUGAUGAAGAAAUGUUGUUUUUAGAUAGAAUUAGUGCACAAAAGCUUCAAGAAACAGAGUCAUUUAGGUCGUCAACAACAGUCCAUUCAUCAAUGUCAGAGAAAAUCAUACACAAAUUAGCAUCAAGAAACAAUAAAACGUCGUAUAUCUAUCAGAAUUCAUAUCAUGAAUUGGAAGCGGCAUAUGUAGCCCAGAUUUGCUUGACAUGGGAAGCUCUAAAUUGGAACUACAACUUUUUCCACCAAUUAAGAGCGUCGCGUCUAGAAUCUGACCCGGGAUGCCCUGCUUACAUUGCCCAACAGUUUCAGCAAUUCCAAGUGCUUUUACAACGCUAUGUCGAAAAUGAACCUUAUGAGAGUGGUAGGAGACCCAUAGUUUAUGCUAGAAUGAGAAGUAUGGCUCCUAAAUUACUUCAAGUCCCGGAAUACCGAGAUUCCGAUGAAGAGAAGAAAGAUGAAUAUUUGGGGUCAAGAAUAUCAUCAGAAUCAUUCCUUGUAAUCAUGGAGGAAGCAAUCAAAACAUUCAUGAGUUUUCUCAAGGCUGACAAAGAGAAUCAUUUCCACAUAUUUAGACAUAUCUUUCGCGUUAAGAACCCAAGAACUUCAGUCGAUCCAACCGUUCUUCUCUUGCUCAAGAAAGUCAACCAUAAGAAAAAGUUGAAGCUAAAAGACUUAAGACGUUCGCGCAAAUGCUUACGGAGAAGGAGAUCAAAGGUAGAAAACGAAAUGGACGUCUUAAUGGCACAAAUAGACUUAAAAGUGGUGUCAAGAGUUUUAAGAACUACUGAUCUAAGUGAAGAACAGAUGCAUUGGUGUGAAGAUAAAAUGACCAAAGUGAAAGUUUCUGAUGGAAAAUUACAAAGAGAUUCUUCACCACUUUUCUUUCCAGCUCAUUAAGACAUAAAAACAAUCACCCCACCAAUUUUAAGUGCUUAUUGCUUUCAUGACUAGAUUGUGAAUGUGCAUGGAAUGAUAAAGAAUAUCCCUUUUCACUCCUUUUUGUAAAUAGACUCAUGGAAAGUUCAAAGUUGGCCAUGCAUAAAUCAGAGAAGCCACAUGCAAUGAUGGAUGGAUGUAUGGAUAAAGAUGGAUGAGGGUCUAUGGGGUUUUGUGUAUUAGGAUAAAUUUAAUUACCUAUAUAAUAUUGUCAUUAUAUUGUCUUUGAUAUGAUAAACUAAUCUAAACUAUUGAUUGGUUUGUUAAACAAUGACAAAGAAAUAAGUGACAUA